GCGCAGCCCCGGAAAAGUCCGGAAGUGGUGAGUGCGCGCCGCUGUGCGCGGGAAGAUGGCUGAGCAGGUGCCGAAGUCUGUGCUGUUCGUGUGUCUGGGUAACAUCUGCCGAUCACCCAUUGCAGAAGCAGUUUUCAGAAAACUUGUAACGGAUCAGAAUGUUUCAGAUAAUUGGGUCAUUGACAGCGGCGCUGUUUCUGACUGGAACGUGGGCCGGUCGCCAGAUCCAAGAGCUGUGAGCUGCCUCAGAAACCAUGGCAUUAACACAGCCCAUAAGGCAAGACAGGUUACCAAAGAAGACUUCGCCACGUUCGAUUACAUGCUGUGCAUGGAUGAGAGCAAUCUGAGAGAUUUGAAUAGAAAAAGUAAUCAAGUUAAAAACUGCAAAGCCAAAAUUGAACUACUUGGGAGCUAUGAUCCACAGAAACAAUUAAUUAUUGAAGAUCCGUAUUAUGGUAGUGAGUCCGACUUCGAGACCGUCUACCAGCAGUGUGUGAGGUGCUGCAGAGCCUUCCUGGAGAAGGUACGCUAAUGCUUCGUGUACCCGGCUCCGCAUUUCUCAGUGGAGGGUCAGAGUGCAAUGCCGUCCAUAGCUCAAGGCCACGGCUGUGUCUUCAGUCGACUUACCUUUUUUGUCUUAAACCAUAAUUAUAGAUGGAAAUCAGUUGUUGUGUUUGGCAGAAGAAUAAUAAAAGUCUUUGACUCAGA